AUGGACAUGGAGACGGUGCUGUCGCAGAUCCGCGAGAAGUUGGCCGCUACCCGGCACCACGGCGGUGAGAUCGAGAUCAAGAGCAAGAGGUCGAAGCGCGACAAGUCGGGCAAGAAGCGCAGCCGCAGUCAGUUGAACAAGAAGAAGGAGCGCGAGCGCGAGUCGCUGAAGCAGCUGGCGAAGGAGACCGGCGACGACGACGUGGAGUGGGGCAAGGCCGCCAAUAGCGACUCCCAGGUGACGAUCUACGAGAACGCCGUCAUCCUCAACACGGACCCGCUGCCGCCACCGCCCCCCGACGCGUCCACCAUCGCCCCGCAUCUGCUGGCCCGUUCGGAGGAUGAGACGAGCUCGCACGGGACGAGCAGCCGGAACAGCCGCGCGGCCAGCAACCGCAACAGCCGCCGCGACGCCACCGCCUCGCCCGACAAGCACCCGUGCACCAAGCGCAACUGCCACUGCAAGAGCUCCAACCGCCGCUGCAUGAAGCGCAAG